GUCACCCGGGGCCCUGCGCGCGGUGUUGCAGCGGGUGCUUUGGAGGCCGCGGGCAUGGCGGGGACCGUGGUGCUGGACGACGUGGAGCUGCGGGAGGCGCAGAGAGACUACCUGGACUUCUUGGACGACGAGGAGGACCAGGGAAUUUACCAGAGCAAAGUUCGGGAGCUGAUCAGUGACAACCAAUAUCGGCUGAUCGUCAACGUGAACGAUCUGCGUAGGAAAAAUGAAAAGAGGGCCAACCGCCUCCUGAACAAUGCCUUUGAGGAGCUGGUUGCCUUUCAGCGGGCCUUAAAAGACUUUGUGGCCUCCAUUGAUGCUACCUAUGCCAAGCAGUACGAGGAGUUCUACAUAGGACUGGAAGGCAGCUUCGGCUCUAAACAUGUCUCUCCCCGGACUCUUACUUCCUGCUUCCUCAGCUGCGUGGUCUGUGUGGAGGGCAUUGUCACCAAGUGUUCUCUAGUGCAUCCCAAAGUUGUCCGCAGCGUCCACUACUGCCCUGCAACCAAGAAGACCAUAGAGCGACGUUACUCUGACCUCACCACCCUGGUGGCUUUUCCAUCCAGUUCAGUUUAUCCCACUAAGGAUGAGGAGAACAACCCCCUUGAGACAGAGUACGGCCUGUCUGUGUACAAGGACCACCAGACCAUCACCAUCCAGGAGAUGCCAGAGAAGGCCCCUGCCGGCCAGCUUCCCCGCUCCGUGGACGUCAUCUUGGACGAUGAUUUGGUGGAUAAAGUGAAGCCUGGUGACCGAAUCCAGGUGGUGGGGACCUACCGCUGCCUUCCUGGGAAGAAGGGAGGCUACACCUCAGGAACCUUCAGGACUGUCCUCAUUGCCUGUAACGUGAAGCAGAUGAGCAAGGAUGUUCAGCCUUCAUUCUCUGCCGAGGACAUAGCCAAGAUCAAGAAGUUCAGUAAAACCCGUUCCAAGGAUAUCUUUGACCAGCUGGCCAGGUCGUUGGCCCCUAGCAUCCAUGGGCAUGACUAUGUCAAGAAAGCAAUCCUCUGCUUGCUCUUAGGAGGGGUGGAACGAGACCUUGAAAACGGCAGCCACAUCCGUGGGGAUAUCAACAUCCUCCUGAUAGGAGACCCGUCGGUUGCCAAGUCCCAGCUGCUGAGGUAUGUACUUUGCACCGCACCCCGGGCCAUCCCCACCACCGGCCGAGGCUCUUCUGGAGUGGGUCUGACAGCCGCUGUCACUACAGACCAGGAAACAGGGGAGCGCCGCCUGGAAGCAGGGGCCAUGGUCCUGGCUGACCGGGGGGUGGUUUGUAUCGAUGAGUUUGACAAGAUGUCUGACAUGGACCGCACAGCCAUCCACGAGGUGAUGGAGCAGGGCCGCGUGACCAUCGCGAAGGCUGGCAUCCACGCCCGGCUGAACGCCCGCUGCAGUGUGCUGGCUGCUGCCAAUCCCGUCUAUGGCAGGUAUGAUCAGUACAAGACCCCCAUGGAGAACAUCGGGCUCCAGGACUCGCUGCUGUCCCGCUUUGACCUGCUCUUCAUCAUGUUGGACCAGAUGGAUCCUGAGCAGGAUCGGGAGAUCUCGGACCACGUCCUGAGGAUGCACCGUUACCGAGCCCCGGGCGAGCAGGAUGGCGAUGCUAUGCCACUGGGUAGUGCUGUUGAGAUCCUGGCCACAGAUGAUCCCGACUUCAGCCAAGAUGACACGCAGGACACCCAGAUUUACGAGAAGCACGACAACCUUCUGCAUGGGACCAAGAAGAAAAAGGAGAAGGUGGUGAGCGCGGCAUUCAUGAAGAAGUACAUCCACGUGGCCAAGAUCAUCAAGCCCGUGCUGACACAGGAGUCAGCUGCCUACAUUGCAGAAGAGUACUCGCGCCUGCGCAGCCAGGACAGCAUGAGCUCGGACACCGCCCGGACAUCUCCAGUUACAGCGCGGACACUGGAAACUCUGAUUCGGUUGUCCACGGCCCAUGCGAAGGUCCGCAUGAGCAAGACUGUGGAUCUGCAGGAUGCCCAGGACGCUGUGGAGCUGGUACAGUACGCUUACUUCAAGAAGGUUCUGGAGAAGGAGAAGAAGCGGAAGAAGCAAAGUGAGGAUGAAUCAGAGACAGAGGAUGAAGAGGAGAAAAGCCAGGAGGACCAGGAGCAGAAGAGGAAGAGGAGGAAGACUCAUCAGUCAGGUACCCAGGACGGGGACUCAUAUGACCCCUAUGACUUCAGCAAUGCUGAGCAGGAGAUGCCUCAAGUGCACACUCCAAAGACAACAGACUCGCAAGAGACCCAGGAGACUCAGGAGACCCAGGAGUCCCAGAAGGUGGAGUUGAGCGAGGCCAGAUUGAAGGCGUUCAAGGCGGCCCUGUUGGACGUGUUCCGGGAGGCUCACGCGCAGUCUGUGGGCAUGCAGCACCUCACCGAGUCCGUCAGUCGGGGUAGAGACGAGCCCUUCUCUGCCGAGGAGAUCCGGGCUGCGCUGAGCAGGAUGCAGGACGACAACCAGGUCAUGGUGUCUGAGGGCAUCAUCUUCCUCAUCUGAGGAUUCCUCUCGGAACUGGAUGUCGGGCCAAGAAGGCUCCUCCCGAGUGCCGCCCUCUCUCCAGCCUCUGCCUUCAUAUUCCGGGUAGCUUUCAAUGGCUGAAGUCAAGGGACCUGGGUGAGGGAAGUCACUCAGGACUUGGCGAGAGCUCUGAGUGGGUAGCGAAAACUGUCAUGGGGUAAGGAAAGAGGACUAAGCGGAUGACAGGGACUCUUGGAAAACCGUUUCCCAACUUUCUUUUAUAAAUAACGUGACUUUUGUGUUACGUUUUGGGGCACCUCUGGUUUCUGUUUAUCCUUGCUUCCUGUGUUUUUUUGACUUUUUUUUUUUUUUAAUUCUCCAAAGCACUGGUCUAGAAAAGGCUUUGAGACGUUCUAUACUGUUGGAAACAGGCUACAAGCAGAUCAUGAAGGUUCUUUGCAAAAAGA